ACUGCCGCAGGAGGACACGAGGUGAGGAGGCCACCAUACGCCUCAUUGAGAGGCUGCUGCAGGAGCUGGGGGGGGGCAAAUGGGAGGGACCUUAUGGGUGUGCCUCUGCUGGAUGAGGUGCGCAUGGAGCACAUCUGGCGUGUGCAGAAACGCCAUGUCAGGUGCAUCCAGGACGUGCCGGGUGUGCCUCUCUACACUGAGGUAGGCACAACCACAAAGGCAGGGGUCACCCUGACCAGGUACAGCUGUGCCAGAGGGUCCACAUCCCUGGAGUCUUUCCACUGCCACCUAAACAGGUUCAUUCCAGGAACCAGUGCAAAUGCACUGAACCUUCAGCUGUACCUGCUGGAAGGCUUGAAUAGGUGGAAUCAGGAUCGGGCGGCUGCAUCAGUGACCAGCAAGCCAGCGUCCCUUCUCACCGACUCCGGGGAUAUGGCCCACUGCGUCAACACCAACAGCCUGACGGUGUUUGGUCGGCCUUUUGUGCCAACUUUCAGGCCACCAGGCAGAUACACUGGAGAGCUGCUUGGUGUUGACUACCUCCUGAGUCAGACUGGACAGCCCCUGGUAGUGGACCCCGACUCAGAAGAGACAGAGAACAUGCUGGAGGAUGUGGAUGAAGGCGAGGAUGAAGAAAACAAGGGCUUCGGGGAAGACCAAACACAUGAUAUUACUGUCUCAAGACUUACCGAUGACCCAAGCUUCUCUGUCUCUGUCUCUUCCUCCACCGAGCCUUCUGCUUCCUCCACCCAGCCUGCUUCCUCAUCUACCUUGGCUGCUGGUUCCUCCACGCCAGGUGUAUCUCCUGACGAGCCAGUGUCUUUGGAUAGUGCUGGUGUGCCAGGCAUGGACAGAGUGGACAGCCUGGCAGAGUAUUUGGUGGAGCUGAGGAAUCAGCCCUCUCUGGCCCUCACCAACCAGCAGGUGAGCAAUAUAGUUGCUCUUUGGCAGAACCUGCUGGACUAUGAUAAGCAGAGCGUGGUGUUUGCUGCCAGACACAAGAGCAGACUGGACACUGGAAGGUUCAGAUCUCCCAAGAAGAGGCAAGAGUUCACUCCAGGGGUGGAGAGUUUAAAGAGGCACACACUUACCACCACUGCCCCACUUGCCCAGUGGCCAGAUUGUUGCCGUCUGAUUGAAACCAUUUUUGUCAAGCUCUGUGCCAUCCAUAAGAGUCCUAAGAAGAAGGGGAUUGACACAGUGUCCAAAUGGGACCUCAUCUUGGAGGACUACAGAAAAAUCAGGCGGCACAUUCUGGCCAAUGCUGCUGUUAUGCAGCAGACCACCCUGUAGCUGGUGG